GGGCCGCCAUGGCGGGCAGCGCGGAGGGGCUGUACUCCCGGCAGCUGUACGUGCUGGGCGGCGGGGCGCGGCGGCUGGCCGGGGCGCGGGUGCUGGUGUCCGGGCUGCGCGGGACGGGAGCGCAGGUGGCGGCGGCGCUGGUGGCGGCAGGAACCGGGUGUGUCGUCCUGCACGAUGGUGGCACCGCCCGCACCGCCGACCGUGGCCAGCAGUUCCUCCUGGGGGAGAGCGACAUGGGCCAGAACCGUGCCGAGGCGUCCCAGCGGGUCCUGGCCGAGCUGAACCCCAACACGGUGGUGGCAGCUCACACCGGGGAGCUGUCGGAGGCCUUCCUCGCCUCCUUCCAGGUGGUGGUGUUGACCGAGUCCUCGCUGGAGGAGCAGCUCCACAUUGGGGACUUCUGCCAUGACCGGGGCAUCUGCUUCAUCGUGGCUGACGCCAAAGGACUGGCAGGGCAGCUGUUCUGUGACUUUGGGAAGCACUUCAUUGUUGAGGAUCCGGCAGAAGGGGACCCGGUGUGUGCCAUCGUGCAGGACAUCUCCCAGGGCAACCCGGGUGUGGUGACAUACAAGGGGACAGAGGACAGCUAUGGCCCCCUCUUCUCUGAUGGAGACCUGGUGAGGUUUUCUGGCGUGGAGGGGAUGACAGAGCUGAACGACCAGGAGCCCAUCCGCGUCCGUGCACUGGGUGAGCUGCCCAGGGUGUCCCAGCUGCCCCAGCCCAGGGUUGGGGAACUCGCUGGGUCCUUGGCGAUGACCGUGACAUCCGUCCCCCUCUCAUCCCCAGGUGCCUUCAAGCUAGAGAUCUGCGACACCAGCUCCUUCUCGCUCUACCGCUGCGGGGGCCUGGUCUCGCAGGUGCGGCUGCGCCAGGAGCACUCCUACGAGCCCAUGUCCCGGUCACUGGUAGAUCCCAAGAUCCAGGUGGUGAAUCCCAAGGAGCUGCCACGCAGCCGCAGCCUGCACGCCGCCUUCCAGGCCCUGCACGCUUUCCGGAAGGAGCGUGGCCACCUGCCCCGACCCAGGGCAUGGGCGGACGCCGAGCGGGUGCUGGAGCUGGCGCGGAGCCUGGGGAUGGAGCAGGGUCCCCUGGAUGAGGAUGUUGUGCGAGCCUUUGCCAGCGUGAGCGCGGGGGACCUGUGCCCCAUGGCUGCCAUCACCGGAGCCAUGGCAGCCCAGGAGGUGCUGAAGGCCAUCACCGGGAAGUUCUUGCCUCUGGACCAGUGGUUGUACUUCGAUGCCCUGGAGUGCAUGGCACUGGAGGGGGCCGAGCGGCUGACGGAGGAGGACUGCGCCCCGAGGGGCUCUCGCUAUGAUGGGCAGAUCGCCAUCUUUGGGGACGCCUUCCAGGAGCGGUUGGGCAGCCAGAAGUACUUUGUGGUGGGAGCCGGCGCCAUCGGCUGUGAGCUGCUGAAAAACUUUGCCAUGAUGGGGCUGGCGGCAGGGCCGGGUGGGGACAUCACUGUCACCGAUAUGGACUCCAUCGCCCCCUCCAACCUCCACCGGCAGCUCCUCUACCGCACGGCGGAUAUAUCAAAGCCAAAGUCAGAGGUUGCUGCAGCAGCCGUGCGGUGCAUGAACCCCGAUAUCAAGGUGACACCUCACCAGAACCAGGUGGGACCUGCCACCGAGCUGCUCUACGGGGAUGACUUCUUCCGGAGCCUGGACGGCGUCGCCAGCGCCCUGGACACGCUGGAGGCCCGUGCCUACUUGGAGAGCCGCUGCCUCCGCUACCUCACACCGCUGCUGGACUCGGGCACGGAGGGGCCACGGGGGAACGUGCUGCCCGUGGUGCCCUCCCUGACCGACCUGCUGCGGCCGGGGGCAACCCCCAGGGACGGCACCUUCCCCCUCUGCACCCUGCGGUACUUCCCCCGCACCAUCCAGCACACGCUGCAGUGGGCCCGCGAUGAGUUUGAGGGGCUCUUCCAGCUGCCCGCGGAGCACAUCAAGCGGUUCAUGGAAGAUCCGGGUUUCCCGGAGCAGCUGCCGGCCGGGAAGGCUCUGGAGGUCCUGGAGCAAGUGCGGUGGAGCCUGCGGGAGCGGCCGGGGGACUGGCGGGACUGCCUGCGCUGGGCACGGCGGCACUGGCAGAGCCGCUACCACGAUGCCAUCGCCCAGCUGCUGCACAACUAUCCCCCGGAGCACGAAACCAGCCCGGGUGUCCCCUUCUGGUCAGGGGACAAGAACUGUCCCCAUCCGCUGACGUUCGACCCUGAUAAUAACACCCACCUGGACUACAUCCUGGCUGCUGCCCACCUCUUUGCCCAAGCACACAAGGUGCCACCAUGCAAUGACCGCACAGCCGCCCGGGACAUCCUCCGUGGCAUGGUCCUGCCACCCUUUGUGCCCCAGGAUGGGCUCCAGAUCCCCCUCACAGAGGAGCAGGAGGAGGGGCAGGUGCCUGCGGGUACCACCCAAGGGGUUCCUGUGCCACCAGACACCAGGCAGCUGGCAGAGCUCACCCAGGACCUGGAGCAGCGGAGACAGGAGCUGGUUGGGGGUGAGGUGGCACAAGUGCCCCUGAUGGAUCCCAUCUACUUCGACAAGGACGACGACAUCCACGUGAACUUCAUCACGGCAGCGUCCAACCUGCGGGCAGAGAACUACGGCAUCCCCCCUGCCGACUGGAUGACGAGCAAGCGGAUCGCCGGGCGCAUCCUGCCUGCCAUCAUCACCACCACGGCGGCCGUGGCCGGGCUGGCGUGCCUGGAGGUCUACAAGCUGGUGUGGGGUUGCCAGGACCUCAGCCGCUACCGCAACAGCCACCUCCGGCUGUCCGACUGCUGGCUGCUCCGCGUGCAGCCCCUGCCACCCCGCACCUACCAGUACGGCGGGCGGGAGUGGAGCUCCUGGGACCGCCUGGAGAUGCGGGCAGACAGGCAGGAGGUGACGGUGCAGGAGGUGCUGGACUGGCUGAAGAAGACACACGGCUGGACCGUGACUAAGCUCCUGCAUGGCUUCACCAUGCUCUACGACAGGGAGGAGGAGGAGGACAGACGGACCCAGCAGCUGGCACAGAGGUUAUUGGAGAACUCAGACGAUACUGGGGAGCCAAGGCGGCGGGUGCUGGAGUUGAGCUACGUGUGCGAGGGAGAGGAUGCUGAGGCUGAAGAUGAUGCCCGGCCCCCCCUCCUCUGCUCCCUCCCCUGAGUGGCGGGCUGCCCCCCCCCCACAAUAUGCAAUAAAA